UUGCUUGGAUCAUGCCGUUGUGUUUGUAAACAAUACAAUCAUUAUUCAUUUUAUGAACAUUUUUGUCACUAAACAGAAUACUUUGAAGUAACUUUCAUUAGUAAUUGUGUUAUAAUUUAAUGUCUAGUCAUUAUUGUUUUAAUAAAAAAUACAUUGUAAUAAUUCGAACUUAGUAGAUUGUAAUAAAUUAUUUUGAAGGAUCUGGGUUUAUUCGUAAAUAUUCAUGGUAUAUCGGAGCGAUGAGGUGCAGCGAUCACUGGAGCUUCUGGACAGAGUUUUGUCAGAGUUUGACGAUCUGGAGAACGGUAACGUGGCGGGGCGAGAGGAGGGGGAGGGGGGACGGGGCUCCUUCGGGGGUCAACUGUCAGAGGACGACGGCUACAUGAGUAUGAAUGGCCGCCGGGCCAAGUUUGUUCUCAAUUUCCGUCCUGUACCUGAUGAGCAGCUUCCCCCAACUCCGGAGCCCCCCGCCGGCCCGCCCCCCACAGACAUAGCUGACUAUCCACCCCCACCCGAGGAAGCUGAAAGGAUCAUUUCCACUCUUUUACCGAGGGUGUCUCCAAGUAACUCAGCCAAGCGGGUAGGUGGGGGAGGAGGACGACGCAGUCAUGCACUGGUCAGCAGUCGCACACUGGGUCCACACUACGGGGACCAUGACAGUCGUGUCACUACGGCAACACAGACUACCCUGCCCAAGACAAGGCAUCAAAGGCCGUUCGGGUGGGAGAAUGGGUUGCCUGUUGAUCCGCCUCAAGUUCCAGCUUCGCUCAAAUUUGGUUCACUGCCUUAUGAUAACUCCCUGCAGUGGCUGACACAACACACGCCACUGCCGCCUCGCACUUGCCCUUCUGCUACAGAACGGCAUCGGGAGGUGCGCAGACGCACACCAGAGGAGGAGGAGAGAGGAGAGGAGUCUGCGGCUCUUAAGACUCUAGUUGAGUUAGCAGAUGACGACCAUGCCAACUUCUCUGAUGAUUCCCUGGAAGAACUAUUGCCCCCACCACCCCUCACCUCUAAGCGGGGCAGCAUCGCGUGGGAGGUGCCCCUGGACCUGGACGAGGAAGCUCUCAUGACUCCCGGUAGCACUAAGGUCGUUGGCCGUCGUCGCAGGAAAUCCACGGACAGAUCAAGUACAGGGUCAAUACCUCGACUAAGAGACCAAGACGACUGGCCUGAUCCUCCUACAGGGACAGAGGACGGCUCCUUAUCCCCGUUCAGUGACUGGGACUCAUCAGCAGGGAAACUGGAUGAAGGGAAUUUCCUUCCUCCAGAACUGUCAGCAUCAGACCUCAGUGCCAGUGGAACCUAUAUUAUCCGCAAGGGUCGCAGAAAAGAGCGAACACCUGUACAUAAGCAGGAGAAGCCUAAACAAUCAUCCUCUCCAAACUCUAAUUCUAAACUCAACGAAUUGAAAAGGUGCAGUUCAACAUUUGAUAAUAUUAAGUCCUUGUUAAAGGAAGGCCUAAUAGAAGGUUUAGAUGAAACUCCCCCUGAUUUCCAACCUCCAACACCGCCUGCAUUAGUGAGAGUGGUAUCGUUACCCACGUUGACAAUAGACGAAACUUGUCAAACUGAACCUCUCCAGAUUGAGGAGAAGGUGGCGAAGGUAUCUCCCGUGAUAGAACCCUCAGAGACUGUUGAAGCCGUGAGUGCUCAGGCAAGUAAGAGUGUAGCGGUUGAAGUGAGAUCUUGUGAUGUUGGUAUUCAGGUUAUGGACGACUUACCUAAUCUCAAUGGCUAUGACAAGCAUAAAGAAAGUGUGGAAGAGAGCACACAAGUUUCUUUAGAGUACAGAGACAUUAACGAUGAUAAAUCUACAGAGCUCAGUAAGAGUUGUGAUAGUGUGGUUGACUCGAUUGACUCGAAGACGGAAGAGGCUUUGAUUUUGAAACUCCAACUAGAUCAGAGUGAGGACUUUAGUUCAUCAGAAGAUAUACUUUCACCAUCAUUUGGAACGUCAAGUAAACCGGUGAAAAGUCAUGUUGAAGUUGCAAAAGAAGAGGUUAUUGAUGAUCCUUGGCUCACUGCAACAGAAAUUACCGAAGUGCAGGUGGUUCCUGUGGUGGAAGUGGAACAUAAGGAAAAAUUGGUAGAAGAAAAUGUGGAAAAACCUCCUGGAGACUUCAACGUCAUGGUUGAAGUUCUCCAGCACGAGUUUGGGCCUCUACCUCCCUCUCCAGUGGAAGAAGAUGAGGAUGAAUACUCUGAUGUUCUCCGCAACAGCCCCAGGAAGACAUCCCGAGGGAAGGCCGACUCUGUGCCAGAACCCUUCUAUCGCUGCCUGGAACCUCCAGGGAGUGAUCCAAUAGGAGCCAAGUUCCUCAAUAGACCCUGUCCCGACCCUCCACCUCACAGGGAGCCCACAUCCAGCCUCAAGACCCGCUCAAUGGAUGCUGGCUUCAGUAGAAACCACAAAAACCAACACUCUAACUCUAGGAGGGAUAUUCCGUCCGAGAGGCGAACGUUGCCAUCAGAGCUGCCAGGACCAUCGAGACGGAGGACGUUCCAGAAGCGUGGCAGCAGUCAGUCCCCUCGCGAGGAGAGCCACAUGCAGGUGUCCUGUUCUCUGCCUGAGACUCCCAUCUUUGCUCGAGGCUGUGACAUUCCUCGCACUCCCCAUCGACGUGCCCCUGACGUCCCUGCAGGGCCUCGCACCACCCCUCGUCCUCCUACCACCAACAGCUAUCGCCGCACCACUCUCAGCACCACACCUGGCAAUGUCACUCUAGGUCAGGCAAUGGUUGGGGCAGAGCUUCUAAGGCUGGCAGGGGGACCUGGGCGGGGCUGGUACCCUCGUCACAGACAGCCCCGUCCAGCUUCCGUGGAGCACUUAGAUCACCUGGCCACUGCCCACAGCCCCAUGUCUGCCCCAGGACCCUGGGAGCCCCGUGGGGACUGUCGCAAGCCGCUCACACUCCCGCCCAACCUUACGCCCAAGUUCUUCCACCGCUCACCCAGAGAAGCCCUGCGGAGAGUCACAAGCCUGCUCAUACGGAAGGAUGAAGCCAGCGCACCCCCUGUUCCUCCCCAUAACUCGAGUAUCCAGCGACAGAGACAAGGUACGUGACAUGUGUUGACCCCC